CAGCAGAAAGAACAGCAGACUAAACAUCAAAAAGAGCCUUCACUCAUUUAGAAAUUGUCAGCGUGCACUGGAAUGCAAGGAAUGUUAUUGAAGGCUACCAACCACGAAGUUGCAAGAAAAGUGAUAGUGUUAAAAGGGCAGAAAAUUUUCCAGCUUGUCGUGCCCUUCUGGCUUCAUGCAGAGCUAAAAUACUAAGUCAGCAUCAGCGAAGCCUUCGUAAUGAGCGCCUUGUGUUCUUACAAUAAGCUGGAAGGCGCGUUUAGCUCGCGUUUCCUGUGACAUCUGUCUUCAUAUUGCUCGAGUCAUUGACUGAUUGACUCUUGAAUCGUUUAUAAAUGUUAUUGCUUAUUGCACGUCGAGUUUCGAUGGUGAACAUUAUUUGCAAAAGGCAAGUUAGCUGAUCCCAUCUUCGCAUGCCUGAACUACUUUUAGAAACAAGCAUCGACGAAGAGCCGUACAAAGGUUUUGACAUGAACACAGAAAAAACGGGUGCAAAUAUGGCGUUUUCCGGGACACAGGCAUUACUCCUCUGGUGUCGACAACAGACGGAAAGCUACAGUGAAGUGAACGUGAUCAACAUGACAACUUCAUGGCGAGAUGGCUUGGCAUUUUGUGCAAUUAUACACCAUUUCAGACCGGAUUUGAUGUAAGUUCAAACUAUCUCAAGUUGUGCUUCAUUUCACGGUGUUUGCACCGAGCCGGCGAAAAUGCGGCAUUGUUCAGCUCAUAUGUUAAGAAUGUGCUUUCUUUUGAUCUAAUUUAGAGAUUUUGACAGGCUUUCGAAAGAAAACAUCAUGGUUAACAAUGAACUGGUAAGUAAUAGUUGAAACUAAGUGCGUGUAAUCCGAAAAAUUUCAAGUAUAGUGUCAACUCUUGAACUCACUGUUGGCAAAAUAAUUGCGUUUUUCAUGGUCAACAGACCUGUUAUUUAUCCACUUGUUAGUUUAUUGUUUCAUUACUGGUGUCAAAACAAUUAGAAUAGACCCUAUAAACUUGAAGAAAUAAGCGGAACGCCCUGCUCGUUGGCAAACCAAACAAAUGAUAUUGUCAGAUUUCUCUCUUUCCGGACGGCGACGUUCACUAGACGAUAAGCUACAUAGAAUUAGCAUACUUUUUUUAAAAAACACAUUCCGGAUCGUACAGUUUGUGUCUUUUUUUUUCCAGUUGCUGUUCGUUUGCAGCACGUACCCGAACCAAUAUCAGAACAAACAGAUUGAUAGGUUAUUUAGAAUAUAGGUUUAUUUCCUGAAAGUUGACUUGCGAUCUCUUAUGUAGCAAUCGUUAUGUCGUGACACUGAAAUAAAAGUAAAUCUUGAGAUUUAUAUUGACUCCCUUUACAAACUUCUGAAAGUGAAAUAAUUGACUGUUAAUCCGAGGGCGCUGAAUCGAUCUCUUAUUUUUAAUACAGUCGCACCCCGCUUUAUGGACAGUGGCUUAAUAUGGGCACCUUGUUACUAUGGACAGUUUUACUUGUCCCUAGCCCUUACAUUUCCUCUGAAUUCAAUCCGCUUAAUACGGACAACUCCUUGAUAUGGACACUUUCUAUGGCCCCCACAGUGUCCGUAUUAUAUGGGGUGUGACUGUAUCAUAAUGUUCACCUAAUUUGCAUAUUCUGAUUCUCUACGUUAUGUACAUACUGUGGUUUAAUUUUUUGUUUGGUUUGGCAUUUUUCGAACCAGUUUAAUUUUCAUUUUCUUUAGUGCAAAAACAAGCCAAACCAAAAACAAAACAAACAAAAAAUUAAACCGCAACUUUUGUUCAUGAAUGGGGAUGUUGGACAGAAAGAAGGAGCCAAGCUAUUUGCACUUUUCUUAAUGAUUUCUGUGAAUGAUGGAGGAAGGCCAAGUAAAAAAAGUAAAUGUGCAUCAAUUGUUACUUUUCUAAAAUUAUUUCCAAGUAGAACAGAAAAAUUUAACCUGUGUUAGGUGGAUACCCAUGGAACCCAGGAGGAAUCUGCUGAUUAACCCAUUCGCUCCUGGAAAUUUUGCCGAAAAACGCGUUUUGAAGCUAGUCGAGCAGUUUUCUGGUCACUGUUGUGCUAUUAAGAGCUAAAACUUACCACAAAGCUGUUUACAGGUCAUACACUUCGCGGCCUUCUGAUCCAGAUGCAAAAUAUUCAAAGCCAAAUUUCGAGAUUUUGGGUUUAAAAGUGACCCAGCAGUCAUGUCUUUUUGCUUUUCGCUUUCUCUGCUCCCUCUUUUUUCAUUUUUCUUGACUCAUUUUUUUUCUUUUGCUGGGCAUUUAGUAGGCUUCAUUCUCAUCUGGUGGGAAACGUUUUUAGGAGAAAGCUGUUGCUAAUCGGUAAUUACCAAUAUUAAUAGAUUUUUAUCGAAGUUAUCUAUUUUAAUCGGCACUUAAAUUUCCAUGUUUUUUAGCUUUUACGUUGUCAAAGUUUGUUGUUUCCGGAACAUAUGGGACAGAUAAAUUUUAAUUGAUAUUUAUUUUACAAUUUACAAUCAAUAUUCUAAUGAGACAUUUUCGGCCAAACGACAAAAUAAAAAAGAAUUAAGAAUGAGAGUAAACUUAACAUAAACAAUUGAUUCAGUUUGCUUGCAUUGGAAACUGUUCAAGUUGAACCCUACACUUUAUAGUUCAAGUGGUGAGGAUACUGAUCAGUGUACAUAGAGUUUGUCAGCAAGACCCUUGCUUCUUGAAAAAUCAUACUGUAAAAGCAUUAUUAAGGCAAGAGAUGUGACAUGACUAUAAAACCUGAUAAAAAUGUCAGAGAAGAAUCAUGAUCAUCAUUUAAAACACAAAACAUCUGCAUAAUUGCUAAUAUUGUGAACUGUAAAAUAAUGCGAGACUUUUAAAACUUGAAGGCAUAAUGAAAGAUGAUGAAAUCGGUAAAAUCGAUAGCGCUGACAAAGAAGCCCUGAUUUUUUUCAGGCUUCUUCUUUCCAAUUGCUUCAAUUGGAAAAUUUACUGCGAUGAUCAUUCUUCACUUUCAAAAAAGUUGUUGCUAUCAAUUUCUAUUGAUCGACUGAUACAAUCAAAAUCAAUCAAAAAGUGAUUAUUGACAAUUAUCAAUUUAUUGAUUGGUUUUCGGCUAUUGGUUUUUAUGGAUUGCACUAGUCAGGUAUAAUCGUAUCUUUAAUUCUUAACAUGACAGGCUUUCAGUGUGGCUGAAAAACACUUGGGCAUCCCUAUGGUACUUGAUGCGAGUGACAUGUUAGAGAAUACCAUUCCAGAUAAGCUGAGUGUUAUUACAUAUGUGUCACAGCUUUAUGAGUACUUCAAGAACAGAUCUCCUGGUAGGUGAUACACUGCUCAGCUUUUAUUUAAGAGAGUUAUUGUAUCAUUUCUGUGUUGGAAAGUAAAACCUUUCAGAAUUUUUACAAUUCAAUGUUUUUGUUGAUUAGAAAAAUGUUGCAAAGUAUAAGCUGUCAGUACUGCCAGUAUUUCAGUUCAGUGCAACUUAAACUUUUUAGCUUUGCCAAUUUUUGUAGGGUACAGUAAACACCUGCUAAUAAUAAAUUAUAAGAAGGCACAUUUUUUGAGGUCUGACAAAAAAGGUUCUUUUAUUUUGGAGUAGUUAUUGGCAAUUUAGGCCAAGUAGGUUCUUACUUAGGUUCUUAAUUUCUUGAAGGAGAUAUAGUUGUUUACUACUAGAAAAAAUAACGAAGAGCUCUUGAGUUUGGUCCCUAAAUAUACAGUAUUAUUUUAUUCUACAGCAUAAAGCUGAAAAAUAGACCACACCUUGGGAUCUAUGGCCCCCUACUUUUUUGUACAAUAGUGUGUACAGGGAUAAAUGAGAGAAGGUGAUGAAAAGUUUUAACAUCGCAGCCUGUAUGAUACUACCAGUUAAUUUUUUUAAAGACCCUUGGAACAAGAAAACCAGCCCAAGCCACAAUUAUUAACUCGUGAACUCGUUUAAUCGGUAGAACUGUAGACUGAGAGUGCCACAGAAAGCACAUGGUCAAUAAUUCUUACUGGAAAUAAUCAUGCAUGUUAUCAACAUUACUUAUCCAUGCAUAUUCUACACCUGGUUUGUGGUCUGGCUCUUCCACCAUGAGACAGACCCUCCAUAAAUAAUGGUGAGGUAACUCUAAAUACUAAUUUAUGUUUAUAAAGUGUGUAUGUUUAUUUUUGUAUUUGCAGCAAACCAGGGCUAUGCCACAAAGAUGAACAUUCAGCCCAAGACAAGAACUGAAUCUAAAGGCCACAAAGGAAGCAAGCGCACGUCACCUUCCAAUCAGAUCUACAUUCUUUCUGGUCAUGCAAAAAGAGUUGCUUCAGCUCUACGAAGUGUCUUUAAAUCAGAUGCCAAGGAGGAAUCGUCGAAGAGCAAAGAGCAUGGCAAGUACUUAGGUGUGGAUCCUCUAAGAACAAACUUGGAAACAGUAAGUGUGGCAGUGAAGAGUAUAUUCCUUUCCUUGGUAGUCAUUUGGAUGUGUCUAGAGUGUAAUGAAAAUUUUAUAUUGGUAACACCCUUUUAAACUAAUUUUUCAGUAAUUGUGCUGGUCAGCGGUCAGUGGACAAGAUGGCUGCUUAUUUCUUCGCUCUUGAGGAAAUUGUAGUGAAUUUGAGUCUAGUGUUCUGUAGCGUGUGAUAUAUUAUAUCUGUUUAAUAUUGUGAGUGUCUACCAGUAUGCCGUAUGAAUUUUAGUCUCUUUAAUAUACUGGUAGUUUACUUAACUCUUUGUGUGCGUUUCUCUGUUUUCUUUGUUCUUGUGUCCCUGACCUAAACAUUUAAACAUCUUUUCUUUUAACUGGCUGCCUGGCAUUUUUAACUCUUAGGUUAUUUCGGGCAGCCAGCGCCCCUAUCAUCGUCUGUACUAUUGUUAUAAAUUUUUAUUUCUUGUAUAUUAUGGGGUGAAAUAAAGUGUUGUUGUUGUUGUUGUUGUUGAUAAUAUUUUUCUGUCACCAUAAAAAUGAUUCACUUUUAGUGAUUCACUUUCUGUUUAUCUAGAGCAGGAAUUCAUCUGAUGAAUCCUCACCAGGUACAGCAAGGAAAUCACCUUUUCUUGGAAAUGAUUGCUGUAUUUGCCACAAAAGAGUCUACAUCAUGGAGAGGUUAAUUGCAGAAAGGAAGCUUUUCCACCGAGGAUGUUUCAGAUGUGAUAAGUGCAAUGCUUGCCUUCGACCAGGAACAUACCAUUAUUUUCUGGAAACAGAAAAGUUUUGCUGCUUGUUUGAUUGUGGAGGGGGUAAGUUAUUGACUGCUACCUGCUGAUUAGCUGAUUGGUCGGGUGACUGACUGUAGCAAUUGUGUUUGGUUAGAUUCCUUUCCGAGGCAACAUUCAUGGUCUUAAAAAUAAAUUGAGGAGAAGCCCCGACCUGCCUUUGCUUCACAUAUACAAAUAGUUAGGUCCUUUUUCCUUCUCUAAUGAAGACCAAAAAGCGUAGUUCCUUCUCACAGAACUUUUCCCUGCAGAUGGGACCCUUGUAGGAAUAAAAAAAAUCACUAGGCCCCUUGCUUCUAUCUCCAGACAGCACGUAACUUUGAGCUAAGCUCUGUUGUGUUUGCAUUACCACAUAAAUGGGGUUAAGGUGUUAUAAAUGUCAACCUUAAAUUAUUUAAGGGGCAUUUACCAACUAUUUUGUAAAACAUGAUGUCGGAGAUGCCUGGGAUAAACAGGGGCUUCCACUGUGAUCAGCUAGUUCUUCCCGGUGUAUCACGGCACUGUAUUACUUAAUGUUGUGAUUGUGAUCAUCAUUUCUCUAAAAUGGAGGCCCAAAUAAAUAUAUAAAUAACCAUAUAAAGGUAGCACUUCCACAAAGUGGUUAUUCAUCUACCCGAUUCCUGGUCAAAUCGGAUUUGGUUCUUGAGGAUAAGUGAAAACUGGAGUACCUGGAGAAAAACCUCUUGGAGCAAAGGAGACAACCAACAACAAACUCAACUCACAUAUGGCAUAGAUGUCGGGAUUUGAACCCUGGGACACAUUGGAGGGAGACAUGGCUCUCACUGCUGUCCCACCCUAGCUCCCAAUGCAAGAGAGACCUAUUCAUAUAUAGAAAGUGCUCUUAAGCAUACACCUUCUCUUUAACUGACAUUUCUUUUUCUGCAUUCCUAUCUAACCAUACUUUGAUUUUUUUUAACCAACAGGAAAAAGAGAAACUCCUAUUAAAAUUAAGCUGGAAACAAUGCCAGAUGUAGCACAGAAAGCCUAUUCUCAAAAGAAUUCACCUUCCAAAUCCUCAACUGACAAUUCGCAUGUAAAUGAUUCACCUGGGCAGGAGAAAAGCUCUCUCCAAAGACAAUUCUCCAUUGUAAAAAGAAAUACAAUAAGGUUAAAUGCACUACCACAGCCAUUAGGGAAGGACACUGUAGCUAAAAGCCAAAAGCACACACAUUCAUCAAAGAAACCUUCAUUGUCACAACACAGAAGCAAAGGGGAAAAGAAAAGGAGAUUUUCAGGAAAUGGCAGAGGGAAAAGCAAAAGUGAGGGAAAAGGAAAAUAUGUCAGGUCUCUAGAACAUGAAAAAGCUUCCUGGUCUCCAGAGCACAAACGACGAGCUCCUGGGACUCAAUUAAGGAAUGGAAUAGAGGAGAAAGUUAAUGUCCCAGGUGGUGGUUUAAAUAAAGAGGAAACAAUCAAAGGUUCUAUAGCAUCAUCCACACAACCGGAUUUGGUUUCAAAGGAGAAAGAAGUGAUCGUUGACAAAAGCAAGGAAAGUCUGUUUUCUAAAGAGGAUGUAAAAAAGAUAACUAGAGAAGACAGUGUUUAUGAAAAGCCGACAGAAAACCUCUUUUUUUCAUUCAAAGAAGAGCUGCUAAAGAGAGCAGCAGUCGAAGACGAGUUGCUUAAAAGAACAACUUUUAAAGAAGAGUUGCUUAAAAGAGCAGCUAAAAGUGAAUCAAAUGAUGACCGCAAUGAAGCAAAAAAUGAUAGUAAUAUUGCAGACAAAAGUAAGUUAAUAGAAAAUGACUGCAAGCCAAGUUUAGUAGCAUCACUGCAAGGUGGAUAUGAGGCAAAAAUUAAUAAUAAUGUCCUGGAAAAAAAUGAUUUUUUAGAAGACCCUGAAAAAAGGGCAGAGAGCAACUUACAAGAGGAAGAUAAGGUGACAGAUAGUGAAAGAAAACAUUCAUAUGAAAGGAAGUAUUCUGAUGCAAGUGUAAAUAGUGAUUCGAGAAGAGGAAGUGGAUCACGCAAGGGUAGUAUUCUGGGUGAUAUUGAUCCUUCGGUCGUUGUGCCCAAAAGUGUGCAAAAGUUGCGUGAGAAGUUUCUCAAUAUCAAUGACAUGAUUGAUGAAAAACACAAGACCAUCAUUGCCAGAAAAAGCAGUGAAAUGCAGAGGGAGCUGAAAUGUAUUUCUGCAUGGAAGCAGCAAACUGACUCUCAGGUAACUUCAUCUAGAAGACUUUCUGCAAACUUUGCAGGAAAGACAGCAGAAACCCGCAAGCCAGGUCUUAGCAGCAAUCGCAGAAGUGUGAAAGAGUUGAGGAAAAUGUACAUGGGAAGUGAAGCUGGUAAAGAGAAGGCUUCUGAUGAAAUUCCUUUCAGGGUAAGGUCCAAAUCAAUGAAAGCAAAAGUGAACAUGGAACGAAAAACUAGCGCUCCAGAAACAAAAGCCAUUUCUUCAGGAACUAAGAAAACAGAGCCAGAAAUUAAGGGAGAAAAUUUAGGUUCAUCUGAGAAUGCUGAUGAUGAAUCUGAGGAAAGUCUUAGUAAAAGAAGUGAGUCUCUCAAUACAAAUGAUAAUGUGGUUGUCAUACAUGUUGAUAACAGUCAAGAAAACAGACAGGGUGACAGUCAAAUGAGUGAAAGUACACCAUCAUCAAAAGAAACUAAAAGUAUGCCUCAGAAGACAGUAACUUACAAAGUGAUUAAGUCUGAAGAGGUCACAAAUGACGUUCCAUCACUUCAGGUACAGCCAGCCUCUCCUGAGCUUUCUGCUGGAGACCGGUCAUCUCCUGGUUUAAAAAGGCAUGCAGCAUCGCAUGACAGUGGAAUUGACAUGCCAUUGUAUGCACAAAACAAUGUACCUGAUGAAAAAGUAUCUGGUGAAAGUUUGAAAGUUUCAACAGUAUUAUCCACUGCUGGAAAUGAAAGUCCUGUUUUAACACCAAAUGAACAACUGUCAAAUACGUCAGGGACGGAUGUUCAACAAAAUUCCUUGUCACCAGAAAGGGAUUAUUCACCAGUAGAGGUGUCCUGGACACUUCCUUUAACGGUUGGUAGCACGGCAUCUCUCACUGAUACUAGUUCAUCAUGUAGUUCACCGAGAAUGUCUGUUAUCAUUGCUCAGGAAGCUUCUUCAACUAAAAUAAACAGUCGAUUUUUUACUGUGGAAACCAUGGAACCUUGGGAUUUUGAGGAGUAUAGAAUUGCAGAGGAGCAUCAAUGUGUGAUGGAAGUUGAGGGAGAGUUUAGUUUUGGGAAAGAAAAAAGUAAAACUAGCAAAGCAGAAAGGGAAGCUAUUACAUCUUUGCAUCGUGAUGCCAAGAUUAGUGGAUAUAAUGAAACUGAUCUUAUCAAAGAGGAUGAGGUGACACUUUCUCCAGCCGAGAUUGACCUUGAGUUACAAGCUCUAGAAACACAGCAUGGAAUUCUUGAAAGAAGAGGCGUGGACAUUGAGCACAGCUUAAGAGAGACCAUGGGCCGUAAGUAACUCAACAACCAAUUAAUUGACUUUAUUAGCAGUUUUUAUGGCUGACUUAUAAUAUUAUACAGGGUUCGCAAAUACGCCAAAUUUGGCAUAUUUUACGCCAAAAUUGUUCAGAUGACUCCACAGAGGUUACGGAGGGAGUCACUUUGACUCCAAAAAUUUUUGGUAACAAACAGGGAGCCACUUCGACUCGAGAAAUUUUCGGUAAAAAACACAGUUUUUUUCGCAACAAAUACAAUUUACAUUAAUAUUGUAAACGUCAUAAACCUUAAUUAAAUCAUCAAAAUUAAAGAAUUAUACUGCACAACAAAACAGGAAGAGGGUAAAUUACGAUCAAAGUUUACUCGAUGACCGCCAUCAUGAAUUUGAGCUUUCCAAGUCAGCGGACGGCCACAGCUACUUCGUGUAUCCCUCACGAUAAUGUAUACAUGCCAGCAUCACGUGCUGGAAGUCUGAAAAUGGCUUUUUUCGUUGUGAUACUUGACUCCAAAUAUUCCAAAAUGACGCCAACAUUUGUGAAGCAGAAGUCACAGUGACUCCACUCAUCAAUAUAAUUUGCAAACCCUGAAAGUAUUAUUUGUUGUGGCACUCCGAUGCAUCCCUGAUUUUAUUGGAAUUAACUUAGAAAUUUUGGCUUUAGUGUAGGGAGGAACAUCAGCAAUCACCUGAACUGACUGUGCUAACCCUGUUCUUUCCACAAACUGAGAAGGGAACAGUUUAUUGACUCGCGUGUUUGAAUUCUUACGAGUGUAGAAUAGUCUAUGAAAAAUAAUGAGACUGAUGCAUGUUUGAAAGUAGUGAUAGGGUCUCAAAUUCUUAGCUUUUAAAAUAAGGAAACACUGAACCUGACUAUGGUUUUGGCCAUUUUGAAGUUUGUAUAAGUGCACAGCAGACUGUUGUAAUUAAGCAUCAGUGUGGUAGCUCUUAAAAACUUGUAAGUUGAAGUUUAUUUUGUUUUAGUGCAAGGUUCUGUUGUUAACUUUGCUUCUUUAUAAUGUUUUCACGACCAAUCCAGUGAGACCUUGAAAUAGCUUCAACACCACACAUCAUGAUUAGUUAGUUUAAUUUUCUUUUGGGGCAGUAUUUGUUGUUUGAGUGGCUUACUUGUGCUGUACUGAGUACUGUCAUGGUUUUGCAACUACAUUUAGCAGCUGAUGGAGAUAUAAAUGAAGCUGAAGAAGAACUUUUGCAGGAAUGGCUUGGUGUGGUACACAAUAAAAACAGGAUCAUGAGAAGAGAAUCAGAGCUGAUAUACCUGUAAGUAACAUUUUAAUGAGCUGAGAUGAACUUGAUGCUCUUUGUUAAUAUAUUUGUCACAUCAAAGUCUCUUUAAUUUGAUAUUGUGUGCAGAUGCUGGGACCAUGUUUGACUAACUACUUGUUUUGGUCAGUUGUUGGUGUUGACGACGUUUGUAGGAUUACUCCCUUAUUCUUUCACUUUUUUUUUGCUUAUGAUAACUCAUUAAGGCCAUAUUUGAUUUGUUUUGGGGGGAAUGGGAUUUUUUCUUCCGAGCCACCUCAUGGCCUGUGUCGUUGACUGAAAAAACAUCUUUCUCAUUUUUGAUGAGUAUUUAAAAUGUCUUUAAUUUCCAACAAAUGUAAACUACUUUUCAUUAAAUUCUUUUUUGUUAUCCUCACUUCAGACUUCAGUCUCACAAUUAUGAGGAGAGAUACCGAACUGUGGAAGGAGAAUUAAGAAAACUUGUGGCCAUGAGAGGUGAGGUUUACUGCUGCCAAGUGGAUUCUGAGUGUAUAAAUAAAUAUUAAUUAUUAUCUUAAACUCUGGUAAUCAGUAAUUAGCAUCAAAUUUGUCCGUGUCACAUUUUGAUACGGUAAUCAAUAAAAAGAGGUUUAUCGAUCAUGUAAACAUAUGAUCAUACAAUGAUGAAUUCUAUAAAAAUAUCCUUUUCAUGUUAAUUUUCAAAACUUCUCCCCUGCUAGUAUAUAUUCGGUUGUAAUGCUAUAUAAUGUAGCAGUGGGAAGGGUGCAGAAGUAAGAUCAAUGACCUGGCAUUAACUUAAGGUCCCAUCUGUCUCCAUCUGCUACCUGACAUAAACAGGGAGCUUAUUCAUUCCCUGCCCCCUUGCAAAUCUGGUUGCAAGAAAACCUUUUUUCAAGCUGGAAAGUUUGGGACUUGCAGCACCCUCCAAAAUUUGAAGGUUUUCUUGUUGUGUAAUCAACAGAUGAAGUGAAAUCGUCUGAUGACCUAAAGAGAGAACGGGAGUUACUAUCUGAGUUGCUGGAGCUUGUUCAGAAGAGAAGCUUUAUUGUGGACAGUCUGGAGGAAGAAAGAGUAAGGUAUUUAUUUAAGUGUCCUCAAUUCAUUUUAGCCAGAAGACAGCCAAACUGUUAA